UUUCUACCUACGAAGAUAACAUAAAAAUCUCACCACCUUUCGCCUAAAUACCAAUCCCUCCACAUUACUCGUCCACCAGUACUUACAAGUUGUUAGUCAAGGUUUAUUGAACUUAACACAUUUAAAAAACAGUUUUCACCAUGAAAUAUUCAUAUUAAUAAUUUUUACAGAAUAAUUAAUAAUACUUAGCUUUCCGUCAUUAAUAACAAUAUUUCCACAUAUUAAAUAUGUCUCCCCUCACUACCACGUCUCUCCUCCUGUUGACCACACUUUUUUCCAGUGGAUCCACCUUCUCACUUUUCCCCAUUAAAAAUCAAUCUUCCCUUGAUUCCCAACCGUGUCAAACUGAAGAGACGACGUGCAAAUAUAACCAACACACUAUCUGCUAUUGCGGUGAUGCAACUUAUCAGGAUAAGUGCUGCCCUAAUGUAACCACCUGUUGCCCCAAAUACACUUAUUGUUGUGGCCAAUCUUGCUGUAAUUAUGGCGACACCUGCAAACUUGACGGGUGCUAUCAAUACGAACGCCAAUGGUCAAGAUACGGAUCUUCUGCUCUCAAAAUUAUUGGGAUUGUGGCCGGCCUUUGCAUCCUUUUUGCUUUCGGGGCUACCAAGGUGCUCCAUUCUUUGAAAAUAAAGUGUCCAGUGCACCCAUCACAUCGCGGGGAAAUUCAGCCAGGAGAGGAUGCGCGCUUGGAGGAAAUAAAAUCUCCGGCAAAAAGUCUGGGCGACGAGGCAGAGGAGAAAAGUACAGCAGAGAAAUCAGUUUAGACUGCCAAAAUAUAAUUACUUGUAGUCACAAUUUGUCCUCUUUUUAAUUAAAUAUUUCAUCAACUAAAUUAACCUAAAUUUUUGUGUAUUUAACAUAUCCAUCCAGAAUCCACCCAAGACGAAUUUUUCCACAUACUUUAAUCUGACAAAUAGGUAGAUCCAAUAAAGCUACCGGCAGUACGAAACUCUCAAACGAAAAAAGACACUCAACCCCGUCGACACAUAAAUCCCAAGCUGUACACUCCUAUCCCAAACUUAACGAAGGUUACGUGAAAACCCACAAUGUUGGAUAGCUUUAUGACCAACUAGUACAGUAAAACGUUAUAUAUUUUCUCGAUUUUGUACUUAUUUAGGUGACCGAAAUAUAAAAUGUGAAAAAUC